AUGAUAUCUGGUUACGUACGAAAUGAUAUGCACUAUCUAGCAUUAGCAACAUUCCGUUGCAUGCUGAUGCGGCAACAACUAUGUAACAGUGGAGAUGUAUUAAGCUUAGAUUCUUCUACGGUUGCCACGGUAAUGCCUUCUCUCACAUUGCUUCGACAUGGGAAGGAGAUGCAUUGCUUUGCACUCAAGCGUGGAUUCGAUCGGUCUAAUGUGUUCGUUGCCACUUCACUACUUCAUAUGUAUGGUGAACUUGGAUCCAUAGAAUGUGCAGCCAAACAAUUCAAAAGAGUUGAGGAGAAGAAUGUAGCUGUGUGGACUGCUAUGCUAACAGCCUAUGCCAGACAUGGCCGUAAUAAAGAUUGCUUUAGACUUUUUGAUGAGAUGAGACUGCAGGAAGGUGUCACUCCAAACCCUUUAACCUUCAUGGGUGUGCUUAUUGCAUGCACUCAUGCAGGUCUUGUAGAGGAAGCCCUAGAUUGUUUUAAAUGCAUGACACAGGACUAUGGGAUCACGCCUGACAUGCAUCACUAUGCCGCCAUGGUGGAUGUGCUAGGUCGAGCUGGAAAGCUAAAGGAGGCCUUGGAGUUCAUUGUCACCAUGCCUGUAAAGCCUACUGCACCUGUUUGGGGAUCUCUAAUGGCUGCUUCUGCUCUUCAUCAUGAUUUUAAGCUCGGACAUGAGGUGGCCAAGAUCGUGAUGAAAAUGGAACCAGAAAAUCCAGGAAAUUUUGUGUUCCUGCACAACAUGAUGGCUCAAGAUGGAAGAUGGGAUGAUGUUAGUGUGUCACUUGUAUAUUACCAGAGGAGAUGUGUUAUAGAGAAGAAACUGCUGUGUUUCUCAAAGGAAACUGAUCUCAUAAACAAACUAAUCACACCCUGGUGUGAUUUUGCUGAGGAUGUUUUUCCAGAGGCUCUAUUAUCAGUUUUAAGGGGAGGGGAGCAAUAUGGCAUCAGGUCAGAUGUUUUCAAAGGUUUUUAG